AUGGAUACAGCCCUCAGCGCCCUGCACUUUUACCAACCCCUCCUCGACCGCGCAGCCCCCACCUUCACACUCACCGAGCAGCUGCGCGUGCUGCGCCAGAGCCUCACCGUCUACGAGUCCGUCCUUAGGGGUAUCCAGCGGCGGCUACGUACUGUAGCCAAGAACAACUCUAUGGAGCGGAAGGAGCUGAGGGAGAAGGGCGAAUGGUAUGCCCGCACGUAUCGAGCGCUAAAAGAAAAUGAGAGGGAUAUAGUCAAGGCAAUGGUGGGUGGCCCAGGGAAUAGAGGGGUGGAGGAGGGUGGGGUGGGGAGGUAG